AUGGGCGCAGGUAUGGGCGCAGAUAUGGGCGCAGGGGGGCUGGGGCGGCUUGCUGGGGAGGCUUGCUGGGGAGGCUUGCUGGGGCGGGCAUGGUGGCGGCGGAUGAGGGCCCUUCCAGCCAGAACCGCGCUGCACCAUUUUGGAAGCCUCCAUCCGCACCAAGGUGGGCGCCCUGCCUCUCGGAUGUCGUCCUCCUCUCUCCCCUCGCGCACCUGCAUUGCACCCCACACGCCCUGCAGCCCUCCCCCCCACCGUGCAUCACCGCUCCCCCGCUCUACCCGUUACCUGCCCCCCUGCGGUACCGCCAUCGUGCUUCUCUGCCACGUCACGUCUGCGAGGCAGCUCAAAAGCCCUCCCUCUCACCCCCUUCCCCACCCCUUAGCCCCCCUCUUCCCCCCUCCUGUGUCACAUGCCGUUCUCUCCUGUGUCACAUGCUGUGCUCUCCUGUGUCACAUGCUGUGCUCUCCUGUGUCACAUGCUGUGCUCUCCUGUGUCACAUGCUGUGCUCUCCUGUGUCACAUGCUGUGCUCUCCUGUGUCACAUGCUGUGCUCUCCCGUGUCACAUGCUGUGCUCUCCUGUGUCACAUGCUGUGCUCUCCUGUGUCACAUGCUGUGCUCUCCUGUGUCACAUGCUGUGCUCUCCUGUGUCACAUGCUGUGCUCUCCUGUGUCACAUGCUGUGCUCUCCUGUGUCACAUGCUGUGCUCUCCUGUGUCACAUGCUGUGCUCUCCUGUGUCACAUGCUGUGCUCUCCUGUGUCACAUGCUGUGCUCUCCUGCGCGUGGAGGAGGGGGCGCGCAUGGAGGAGGGGGCGCGCAUGGAGGAGGGGGCGCGCGUGGAGGAGGGGGCGCGCAGGGAGGAGCAACAGGCCGCUCUCAGCAUUCGGACAAAGAGCCUGCGUGCGGUGGUGGUGUGUGUGGCCAUCAAUCACUGUCCGUGGUGUGGAUGUGCUGCUCUGCUCUUUAACUGUCUGCCACGCCAUCCACUUACUCCUCCUGUGCUACUUAAACAAGCCAACCCACACGCCUCGCCCCCAACCCACUGCACUCAACCUCCCUCUCCUUGCUCCCUCUUCCCUCUCACGCCCUUCUGCCCAACUCUUUCCCGGCCUGUCCCCUUUUAUUCCAUCCCCUCCCCUUGUUUCCCUUCCUCUCCCCAACUGCCACUCCAUCAACUCGCUCCACCUCCCCACACCAAGGCAAAUCACUUGCAUACUACAUGGCAUCCUGUGCUCUGUCUAGCAGGAGACACGCCUCAAAAGGAGUUUUGGGUGCGGCUUCACCUGAGAAGACAUUCUGCUUUCCACAUGGCGUCCUGA